CACUCUACACCAUACACUCGUAGAGUACCGUACCAUCACGCUCGCUACUACAGUACUCCAACCUCCCCCUGGCCGUCUACUACAUGCUUCGAUCAAAAACAAAGUUCCCUCGAGCUGCCGACUUUGAAUGAGUGAGCUGCAGCCAGCUCCGCCUCCAACCAGAUGUUUCGAAAUCGGACAUCGUCCCAAAAGCCUGGCGACGAGUUUAUCGCCAAUUUCCGCCAAACUUUCCCCGAAGUAGCAGUCGCGACCUCGUCGGCGGGUUCAGGCCCUGGGGAUAGCUCCCUCGGUGACGCAGUCGCUGGUGGGCCCCAUCUAGAUCGGCACCACAGUCUGGGCCAUGAAGACAUAAAAGACCUCGAUCCGACGCCUAGGGCGCAGCAUGAAGCAUGGCGAUUCACUCCCUCGCUCCUGGACCCGAACUCCUUUGCCUUCUCUUCGUUCGCAAACCAGCCCCCUGGAUACUACACCCCAACACCAGGAGGCACGAAUACCUUAUAUCACAACCAAGCUGGUGACUUGCAUACGCCAGGGAUGGGCAUGGGCCUGAGCAUGGGCCUUGGGACCCCUCUGUCCAUGCCUACAUCUACUGAUGCUCUCCACGCAUCCACCAUGAUGGACAUGAAUGCGUUCAGCCACCACGUUCCUCACUUCCAGAACUACAAUCCAUUUGGCCAUCCCAAUCAGCAGCAGCACGCACAUCACCACCAGCAACAACAACAGCAACCGCAGCAGCAGCAAAGCUUUGCUCCAUCAUCGUUUGUGCAUCAGGAUACGGGCUAUGAGACAAUGGAUCACGACGGUUCCCCAAUGGAUGAUGAGGGACGCAUCGGACCGAUGGACACCACACUUCAGCAUCAUUCUCCAGUAAUGUCAUUCCAACCACAACAAUACGACAUGUCUAUGGCGGCACAGAUGCCUGCUUCUGCUGAGAAAUUCCGCUUCCAUGUUACUCUGAAUGCGCCAACGGCAAUGAUAAAACAUGCGGACGAAAUUCCAGUAACCUACCUCAACAAAGGCCAAGCUUAUUCCGUUUCAAUUGUGGAUUCCGCUCCAACGUUACCUCUUCCUCCGGGAGCUCGUUACAGAACGUUUGUCCGGAUCUCCUUCGAAGACGAGCAGCAAAGACAACGCCCGGCUACUUGCUGGCAGCUAUGGAAGGAGGGGCGAGGAACGAACGAGGCCCAUCAACGCGGCGGAAAACUUCAGGCUGUCGAGUACGUUGAGGCCAAUCAGCCAGCGGAAAGCGACGACAAGAGGACCCGUGUUGAUCUCGACACUGCUUCCUUUGAUGGAUUUUCCGUCAUCUGGACUCCAGGUGUGAAUGGAUCGGCAGAGUGCAAUAUCGCUGUCCGAUUCAAUUUCCUCUCUACUGAUUUCAGUCAUUCAAAGGGUGUCAAAGGAAUUCCCGUUCGGCUCUGCGCGAAAACCGAGACGAUUACAUCGGGAUCACCACGUUCAGGACCUGAAUUUUCAGAGGUUGCUUACUGCAAGGUCAAGCUGUUCAGAGAUCACGGUGCCGAACGCAAGCUUUCGAAUGAUGUUGCCCACGUCAAGAAGACCAUCGACAAAUUGAAGCAGCAGAUCGCACAGGCAGAAACGGGAAUGAAGGAUUUUGGCAAGAGAAAACGGACUGGAUCUACAACGGUCAAGGCUCAGGCAAGUCAACGACCCGGGAAGGUGCAGAAACACAAGAGAACCUGGUCAAUGUCAUCUGCGUCCUCGGCUGGAGGACGACCACCUAUGGAGGAGGACUUACACUUCAAAUUGCAGACCAUGCAGGACAUGUUUACUAGCACACGGCCGGUGAGCAUUUUGUAUCUUCGUGGGUCUGAACAGGAUGAUCCGGAUCUUCACCCUGUGGCUCUGGCUGGGGAACCACUAGAUCUCACUAAAGUGGAUUCAAGAGGAAGUACUAUAUGGCAGCAGAGGACCAGUGACCGCAGCUCUACAACAGGCACCUCGUCGCUAGUAUCUCCAUCUCCGAGUUCACUAUCGUUACAAUCCCAGCUGGCUGGAACUUCGGGCCCAAACGCACCGGGGCAAUGGGAGAACUUCCAGUCAUUGGCACCGGCAGACGUCCAGUCAUCGAAUCCACAACAACUCGCCAGUCCUCCAGAUCAACUCACGAAAAUCCCAAAGACCGACGAAACUGGCCAUUUCAGUGGCUGGAUCGAAGCUUUAGGAGUCGAUUCUUCCUACAAACCUCCUCAAGAACAGCGACUUAUAAAGCCUGUUGCUUCUUUCUAUAUUCUCCACCGCGACCCGAAUCAACCAGAGAAGCACGAGUACUAUCGAGCUGUAUAUCUCAUGCAGCGAACUCUGAAAGACUUCACCAACGCCAUCGCUGCGAAGUGGAACAUAGAGCCGACGAAAAUAAUGCGAACGCUCCAUGUUCUGGAUCGUGGCCUCGAGGUCGUAAUUGAAGACGACGUUAUUCGAGAACUCGCUGAGGGACAAGACAUCAUCAUGGAGAUAGCAGAAGUCCACAACUCAGCAAGCUCGCAGCUCAAACGAGAAUGGGAGAUGUCCGUUGAUGUCGUCGUCGACAGCGAUAACGCAGGCGACGCUCAGAAUGUGGUCCACACCGACGGAUACGAACUUCGAUUAAUGUUUUAACACCGUUUUGCUUCUACUUUAGGGGAGGUUUUUUUUCUUCUUAUACCCAACGGCCCUGCUAAUGCUCAUGUAAUUGUUACGGAUCUCAUAUGUUGUCCUAAAGGAUGGGCGGACUGCUUGAAUGGCGUCACAUUGCUUUCUAAGAUACCAGUUCCUCUCCUUGGAACACUACAAGCUCACAAUAUCUUUCUUC